AUGGUGAGCUUUGUUGUGGAGAAACCACAGAGAAUGUCAAACGGCGUCGUAUCAGAGACCACAAGGUUAAGUAUCAUCCCUAACAACUCUUCUUCUGCUCAGAAAACGCUUCUCAAGAACCUCGAGAUCAUCAAUGGUGGACAAAGAGUCAACGCUUGGGUCGAUUCAAUGCGAGCUUCUUCUCCUACUCAUCUCAAAUCACUCCCUUCUUCUAUAUCCUCAGAGAAACAUCUCAGCUCAUGGAUCAUGGAGCAUCCUUCAGCAUUAGAAAUGUUCGAGGAGAUAACAGAAGCUUCAGGAGGGAAACAAAUCGUAAUGUUUCUUGAUUAUGACGGUACUUUAUCCCCCAUCGUUGAUGAUCCAGACAAAGCUUUCAUGUCAAGCAAGAUGAGAAGAACUGUGAAAAAACUGGCUAAAUGUUUCCCCACUGCUAUAGUUACUGGUAGAUGCAUAGACAAGGUGUAUAACUUUGUGAAGCUGGCUGAGCUGUAUUAUGCUGGAAGCCAUGGCAUGGACAUUAAAGGGCCAGCAAAAGGCUUCUCCAGACACAAGAGGGUUAAACAGUCUCUGUUGUACCAACCAGCUAGUGACUAUCUUCCCAUGAUUGAUGAAGUCUGUAUACAACUCUUGGAGAAAACCAAAUCAAUUCGUGGAGUCAUAGUAGAAAACCACAAGUUUUCUGCUUCUGUGCACUUUCGUUGCGUCGAUGAGAAGAAAUGGAGCGAACUGGUUCUACAGGUUCGGUCGGUUCUAGAGAAAUAUCCAAAGCUCAAACUGAGUCAAGGUCGGAUGGUUUUUGAAAUCCGUCCUGUGAUCGAUUGGAAUAAAGGAAAAGCUCUUGAGUUCUUGUUAGAGUCACUUGGGUUUGGGAACUCUAACAACGUUUUCCCGGUUUACAUCGGCGAUGAUCGGACCGACGAAGAUGCAUUUAAGAUGCUACGAGACAGAGGUGAAGGCUUUGGCAUACUUGUCUCCAAAUUUCCCAAGGAUACAGAUGCUUCGUAUUCUCUGCAAGAUCCGUCCGAGGUGAUGAAUUUCUUGCGACGAUUGGUGGAAUGGAAACAAAUGCAGCCAAGAAUAUGAAGGGGAUGUAUAAUAAAUGAGCUAGUACAAUGUUCGAAAUAUUUAAUGCCAACCAAUAUGUAUAUGGCUAACCUUUCAUGGAACGUUGUAGAAGAUGGGGCUAUAUCAUUAGAUGCCCCCUUAGGCUAAUGUUCUUGUUCAUCGCAUUUUGUUUUUGUAAGAAAAGAAGAUGAACAAGAAAAUAUGUGCCAAAUUGUUUUCGAGUAGUUCUUCUAAGUUUUAAUUAUCUUCGUAAAUGUAAUAUAUGCAGUCGCAUGUCAAUUAAGAAAGUAUUUGUAUUUAAUUGUUAUCUAUGAAUUCUUCUUAAUUAUUCUAAUUUAUGGGGGUUUCUGUUAUGUGAG